AUGGACUCGGUAACAAAUGGGAAUUCGCUGCCUCCGUUUCUUAGCAAAAUUUACGACCUCGUGGAAGACUCCUCCACGAACGAUAUUGUUUCCUGGAGUAGUGGUAAUAACAGUUUCAUUGUGUGGAAAGUCGCCGAGUUCUCGAGGGACCUCUUACCUAAGUAUUUCAAGCACAGUAACUUCUCCAGCUUCAUCCGUCAGCUUAAUACUUAUAUAUAUAAUUGUGGUUUAGUCACUAUUUGUUUCCAGGGUUUUAGGAAGGUUGACCCAGAUCGGUAUGAAUUUGCAAAUGAGGGCUUUUUAAGAGGUCAGAAGCAUCUCUUGAAGAAUAUUAGUCGUCGAAAAUCAGCUCAAGGUCAUGGUCAACAACCACCUCAACUUCAGAGCUCCACAGUUGGGGCAUGUGUUGAAGUAGGGAAAUAUGGGCUUGAGGAAGAGGUUGAAAUCCUUAAACGAGACAAGAAUGUUCUCAUGCAGGAACUUGUUAGAUUGAGGCAGCAGCAGCAAGCUACAGAUCGUCAAUUGCAAACUGUGGGGCAGCGUGUACAGGUAAUGGAGCAGCGUCAGCAGCAAAUGAUGUCUUUUCUUGCAAAGGCCAUGCACAAUCCUGGCUUCUUAAGCCAGCUUGUACAGCAGCAGAAUGACAACAACAGGCACAUUUCUGGUGGCAACAAAAAGAGGAGACUGCCCAGACAGGAUGCAGAAAAUGUGGCUGGUGCAAAUUAUGCUCCUAAUGGACAAAUUAUCAAGUUCCAGCCUUCGAUGAAUGAGGCAGCUAAAUCGUUGCUGCACCAAAUCUCAAGGAUGAAUGCAUCUUCUAGGCUUGAACCAACUUUGAGCAACCUUGGGUCUUUCCUGAUCGAUGAUGUUGCUUCUGCGAGUGCUAUGGACGGUUGGAGCUCUUCUAGUCAAAUUUCAGGAGUGAAACUUGCGGAGAUUUCACCCACUUUUGGGCAGUCUUGUAUGUCAGCUGAAUCAGGAUUCUCUGUCAGUUGCCCGCCAUCUGCCAUGUCUGAUAUACAAGGUUCCACUUGUAUGGCAACAGACAGUGUCAAGGUGGACAAAAUUCGAGAGAUGGAUGUGCAUAGUGCUAGGAAAGACACAGCUUUGCCUAACUUAACUCAAUUACCAAGAAUUGCACCAGAAAGUGCUUCUGGGAUCCCUGAUGCAAAUUUUGCAAUGCGCGGGAAUGGGAAUGCCGAAAAUAUGGAUCCAAUUGUAGCAGUUUUUGACGGUUCAAUGCCUGUAGAAGCUGGUGACUUUUCUCCUGAUCAAGAUGGAGACAUUUUGCCAGAUGAGAUCUCUAAGCUUCCAGCGAUUGAUGAUGUCUUUUGGGAACAAUUUCUUACAGCAAGCCCACUAACAGGGGACACUGAUGAGAUUAAUUCAAGCUCAUUGGAAACUGGUGUGACCAAUGAUCAGGAACUGCGGGAGGGGCAUGAGAAUGGAUGGGAUAAGUUUCAACAUAUGAAUAAUCUUACUGAGCAAAUGGGUCUUCUUGCAUCUGAGGGCAGAAGGCUUUGAUGUCUUACGAAAUGUAUUUAUGUGCUUCAGGCUGUUCUGAGAGGUUGAUGUUAUCCAACGUGGGCAUUCAAAGCUUUGUCGAAGAGAUGUCCCUGAAGUUUGUGAAACACUUUUUUGCCCUUAUUAUAUGUUCUUAUUAAGUUUCUUUGUGAAUCCUGGUCUUGGGAAUCAUGUGCAUGUGAUAUAUAAUGGGGUUUACAUAUUUUGUCAUCUGCAGUAUAUAUAUUUUCUCAUGAGGAUGGUUGUAGAUGGAUCCGAGGACUGAGAUUUUAUUCUUAACAAGCAUAUAUUGCGAAAUUGUUUAGAUGUGGGCUUUAACCAUAGCUUUGGCUUAUAUAAACAGCAUGUUAUAAUA